UAAUCAGCUGCUCAUAUAUACAUCAUCAUAUCGACUUAACUGAUUGUUAAUUAAUGGCAUUACUUAGCCCAACCACCAUGACAUCACAACCUUCUCUUCAAACCCUUCUCAAAUUCAUUUUGCAAAACCGAAUGGAAACAUGGCUUUAUGCCAUAUUUUGGCAAGCCUCCAAAGAUAUCGACAACCGUCUUGUUCUCAUGUGUGCUGACUGUUAUUUGCCCCCGACUCUUGAUUUGGAAGAUGUUUCUGAUACCCAAUGGUUGGUUAUGUCUUCCGUUGGAAUGCGUUUUCAGGCCGGACAUGAUGUCGUUGGCCAAAGUUAUAGCUCGGGAUCGUACGUAUGGUUGGCGGGAGACAUGGAGUUGAAGAAGUACAACACGAAAAGAAGCGAAGAAGUUCGAGCACAUGGAAUCAAGUCCUUGGUGUGUAUUCCUACUUCAAAUGGUGUUAUUGAAUUGGGUUCUUGUGAUAUUAUACAAGAAGACAUUGGUCUAAUUGAGUUUACGAAAUCUGUAUUCCAUCCAAAUAACCUUCGUCUCAAUAUUAAUUCGGCCAAUUUUGAUGAUGAAGAAUGUGAAAUCCCUAACCAAGUCCCUCAAAUUCAAUUAAGUGAAGAAGGCUUGGAAGAAGUAAUCAACAUGAAGAAAUCAAGGAUGUCAUCUUCAGAUCAUUCAUCUGACCGAUCAUCCACGCCAAAAAUGAACGUUACGAGUACUAUGCCAAAGAGGAAAGGGAGACAAGCAAAAGGGAAAGGCAAAGUUGUGAACCCACAAAUGAUGGCACCUGGGUAUCAUGUGGAGGCUGAACGACAACGAAGGGAGAAGUUGAACCAUCGGUUUUAUGCUCUAAGAAGCGUGGUUCCCUACGUUUCAAAGAUGGACAAAGCUUCUCUAUUAGGAGAUGCAGUUGCGUACAUCAAUGAGCUCAAAUCUAGAGUCCAAGAAUUAGAAAAUAAAACCAGAUCAGAGCCAGCUGUAUCCCCAGUAGUAGAAAGAUUGAUGAGAAACGAUUGCCAAAUGAAUUUCAACCACAAUGUUUCUAAUCUUGUUCACAGUGCAAAAGCCGUCAACGGGAAUUCAAUUGCCAACCAAGUUGAAAUGGAAGUGAAGUUAUACGGAUCGGAGGCAAUGAUCAGGGUGCAGUCAGCGGACGUCAAUCAUCCAACAGCAAAGUUGAUGGAUGCCCUUAGUUACCUUGAUCUUAAAGUUCGGUAUGCUAGUGUGUCAAGUGUGAAGGAUUUCAUGCUACAAGAUGUUAUCGUAAAAAUUCCUAAUGGGUGCACAACCAAAGAAGACACCUUAAAACUCGCUAUAAUUAACAAAAUGUACAUGAAUUAAUUAGUACAUGCAAUUAAUUAGUAAUCACCCUUAGCCUAGCCUAGCCUAGCCUAGAUACUCAACUUUAUUUUAAUUUGGCCGCAGAUUCUUAUAAAUUAAUUCAUAAGGCCGGCAAUUUGAAAGCAAAAUAAGUUUGCAUUUGAAAUAAGCGCGCAUGCUAAAGCAGCCGGAGUUGUUCGCUUGAAACUACAUACGUCUCGGAUGAUGGAUCGAGUCGUUUGUAAGUCGCUUCCAUAUCAUUCAAUUCUUCUGGGUGAAUGCCAUAUAUUGGUAUUAUUAAACUUAGAGAGCUUAUAUAGAAGCCAGGGUUUUACUUUACUUUGUUGAAUUUUUCAUUUCUCAUGUUUUUGUUUGAUUUUAGGGUAAUAUAUACUUAUGAAGGAACAGCUGUCUUUAUUAGUUUGCAUGUUGUAAAUAAUCUCCACGAAUAUAUAGUAUGUAUUUCUACUUUUUGUUA